AUGGAGGAUAAAUACUUAAAUUUUUACAAAUUUCAUGGAAUAUAACUUGAUGGAGCAUUAUUUCCGAAACAACUAAUAAAUUAAUUAUAUGAUAUACUUGUAUAAUAAAAAUUUGAUUUUAGUGAAUAUUUUUAAGUUCAAGAAAAUUAAGAAGAAAGCACAUUUUAAGCAGUAGCAGUUAAAGACAUUCAUAAAAAUAGCAAAGUUUUUUUAUUAUUUCUUUCUAUUUAUUUUCUUAAAUAUUUAAGGUAUUUCUAAUCGAACAUUAAUUAACUUUCAGAUUUGAAGAAUUAAGAUAAAUUUUAGAAAAAAAUAGCGAAUUAGAAUAAGAUAUAGUAGAUCCUACAUAAUUAGAUGUAAUUAAUAAAAUUAUUUAUAUUUUAAUAUAAAUACAUAAAAAAAAAGAUUCCUUAAGAUGUUAUUUCUCUUUCUCUUUUUGAUAAUAAAAUAGAGUCUUUAGAUUUAGUAAGAGAGACUUUAAAAAAAUUAAAAAAUUUAAAAGCCCUUUUUUUAAAUUAUAAUCCUGUUUCUGAACUUGAAGGAUUUUUUGAAAUUAUUAGUACUGAAUUCCCGAAUAUAGAGGUAUUGAAUUCUAAACUAACUUAAAAUGCAACUGAUUUUGGAUUAAAAUUUUGUAGUUAUAAUUAUAAUUUGGAUAAAAGUUUAAAAAUAAAAACCGAAAUGGUAAAAAAACUUAACUUAAAAAAGAGAAAUUUAUUUAAUUUAAAUAAUUUUGAUGUUUUUCUUUAAUUCAAAAAUCUCUAAUCAAUAGAUUUGACUCAAAAUGAGAGAAUAUCAAAAGAAAAAAUAAAAGUUUUAUUAGAAAAAUGCCCUAAAUUAGAAAAUUUAAAUAUCGAUUUUGAAAUAGAAUUAUAAAUUUGGGAAAAAGGAGAAACCUUAAAUUUAAAAUCAAUAAAUGAUAGAGAUCUCAAAUAUCAAAAGCCAUUAGAAAAUGAACCUAAAAUAGUAUUCAUAAUUAAAAAUAUAUGGAAAUAAGUAGGAAACUAUAGACUUUAUAGUAGUAAAUAAAUUGAUUAAUCCUCCGUUUGGUAUUUAAAUGAUCUUUGUGGAAUCUCAAUUCAACAUUCAGAUAUUGAUAAUGUUCGUCUUAUUCCAUUUUUAUUUGCUCCAAAUAAUGAAAUGGAUGAUAAAAUGAUAUCUUAUAGUGUUUUAUGGGUAUCUGAGAAUAUUAAAAGUGGAGAUUAGAUUUAUAGAGAUUAUUUAUUUGGUAUUAAUGAAAAGAAGUAAAGAUCUUCUAGAUUAACUGCUUUUUUUAAAGUACCAGAAAAUUAUUUUAUGAAAAGAUAUUAAGAAUAUAAGAAUUUACUAAUGUAAAAUAGUAUUUAAGGAAGAAAACUUAUAAAAUCUUUUUCUAAUUAAAAUAUUUAGAAGAAAAAUUUAGUUGACUAAAAUAAAGUUUAUAAAGUAGUUACUGAUUCAAAUUUAGUAGCAGAAUUUUUAACUUUAAAAAAUUUCGAAAUUACUAAAGAAAUCGAAGGUUGUGAUAUUAUUUUCCUUACUUAGGAUUUCGAAAAAGCAUUCAUGUCUUUUUCUAAUUCUUAUCUUGUUAAUUAAUUCCCUUAUGAAUCUUGUAUUGUUUCUAAAUAGAAUCUAGCUGAUACUGUGAAUUCAGUGUUAGGAGAAGUUCCUUGGUUAUAGACAACUUAUAAUUUAGAAACUCAAUUAAGUGAAUUUAUUGGAGAAUAUAGAAGAAGAGAAAUAUAAAGCGAAGAUAAUAUUUGGAUUUUAAAACCUUUUAAUUUAGCCAGAAGCUUAGAUAUGGUAGUUACUGAUAAUUUAGAUUGUAUUAUUAGGUAAAUGGAAACUAUUCCUAGGGUAGCUUAAAAAUAUAUUGAAAAUCCUGUUACUCUUUUUAAUAGGAAAAUUGAUUUAAGAUAUGUUGUUGCUGUUAGAUCUAUUGCUCCUUUAGAAAUUUUCUUAUAUAAAGUUUUCUGGAUUAGAAUUUCUAAUAAUGAAUUCACAAAUGAUUAUAGAUCUAGAGAAAUAUAUGAAACCCACUUCACUGUAAUGAACUAUGGAAAGAAACUUUAAUAAAUCCAUUAUGAUGAAUUCAUUUAAUUAUUUGAAGUUGAAAAUCCUGAAGUUAAAUGGCAAUCGGUCCAUGAUAAAAUAAAGGUUUUGGUUAAGGAAUUAUUUAUUGCUGUAGCAAGUAAAUAUCCUUAAAUGCAAUCUGAUAAAGUAUAUAUGUUAUUUUUUAAAUAAUUGUUUUUUUAUUUUUCAAUAGUCUAGAGCUGUAUAUGGAAUGGAUGUUAUGAUUGA